AUGAACACUACGAACAUUAUAACCAAUAAUAAUAAAAAUAACAACAUCAACUUCUACGCAAACAACAGUUCGCGGGCCUUCACAGAAAAAGUUCGCUACAAACGCAAAACGCUACAGAUGAUGUCCCGUCCGUUAAAACGAUGGCUGCAGGAGAACAGUAAAAAUCCUUAUCCGUCCCGAGCUGUUAAACAGACACUAGCAAAACGUUCACAGAUGACGCUCACACAAGUAUCAAACUGGUUCGCCAACAUGCGACGACGCCUUAAGAAUACUGUUCCAUGUAGAGACGGAUCUUGGUCGACUCGAAUUACAAAGUACAACGACUUCGUGGAGGGCAACGCAGAACGAUUUAGCGAUUGGUCGGACGGAGACAGCUGCGACCUCGAUGACACAGAUACAGUUAGUCCUUUAAAUAUAUUAAGUUUAUGGUAUAUUUUUAUUAAUAUUUUCACUUAUAUCUGUAUCACUGCUAGUUUAACAAAUGAGAAAUUAUGUGUCGGAUCAUUCCAAGUUGACGAUACGGAGUAG